UUAACCAACCAACACUCUCACCCAACCAAACGCCCUCAAUUCGGCUGAAUUCCUUUUUGGGUUUUUGGCCGUCCGCUUAAAGGAACAGAAAGCUUUUGGUAGCAAUCAAUGGUAAAGUCCUAAAAGAACACACACCCAUAUCCCAAAAGUGGAAACCAGAUUCUGAGUUUGUUCACAUUAUUAAAUGCUCUUCUCCAUCCCCUCCAUUUCUAUUCAAAUUUCAAACCCGAUAUCCCUCUUCUUCUUCUUCUUCAUACCUUUCGUUAUCUUCUUUCUUCCCUUCUUUCUUUCUGUCUCUAUACAAACCUUUCAGUCACUUGCUCUUCUUUUACAAAUGGAGAUUGAGAAACGAAAUUCAGAGAAGUGGUUAAUUUUCUGAGUUAAUUUGUGAAGGGUGUAAAAAUAAUACUCAAAAGGGGUUUUCGAAAUGAGUACGGCUAGGUUCAUCAAGUGCGUUACUGUUGGCGAUGGGGCUGUGGGGAAGACUUGUAUGCUCAUCUCUUACACUAGCAACACUUUCCCAACUGACUAUGUGCCCACAGUUUUUGAUAAUUUCAGUGCUAAUGUGAUGGUGGAUGGCAGCACCGUCAACCUGGGGCUUUGGGACACUGCUGGACAGGAAGAUUACAAUAGGCUGAGGCCUUUGAGUUAUAGAGGUGCAGAUGUGUUUCUGUUGGCAUUUUCUCUAAUCAGCAAAGCUAGCUAUGAAAAUAUCUCCAAGAAGUGGAUCCCGGAGCUGCGACAUUAUGCCCCUACUGUGCCAAUUGUUCUCGUCGGAACCAAACUUGAUUUAAGGGACGACAAGCAAUUUCUGACUAGCCAUCCCGGUGCUGUACCGAUAACGACGGCCCAGGGUGAAGAACUGAAGAAAUCAAUUGGUGCUGCUGUUUACAUAGAAUGCAGCUCCAAAACUCAGCAGAAUGUCAAGGCUGUGUUUGAUGCUGCUAUCAAGGUUGUUCUACAGCCACCCAAACCAAAGAGAAAGCGAAGAAAGGCCAGAAAAUGUGUGUUUCUUUGAGUUGGAUUUCAUGUCACACUGUUUUUUCUCGAGGGAAACUUGGCUUCCUCUUCCAAAUUAUGAUGCUCAGUCACUUCUGAUCUUGCUCAUUGUACUUGCUUUUUAUAUUAAUCUUCUUGUUUAAUAUGAAAGAGCUGAUGUUUGUAUACUUCCAAAGAAUAUAUAAUAUAUAAAUACAUGAAGUUUCCAUUGUCUAA